GAUAACCAUGGCGACGAGCUCUCAUCUUCUUCCUCCUCAGGCAUUGCAUAUGAUACCGAGAAACCCUACGCAGAAACUAGGGUUUUCAUCGUUCCUAUCAUGCGCACCUCAGAUGCAUCCUCCUCUUUCAAUUUCAAGGCUUUCUCUGAACCACUCCGUCUCGAAAUCUAGCUUCUCACUCCACACUAAGGCGAGACGAGAGGUUCUCGUUAGAGCAGAAGGUGAAGGUGAAGGUGAAGCUGAACCUAACGCUGCUACGGAGGGUAAUGUGGUAGAUGUUGAAGCUCCAAGAACGCCUAGAAUUAAGCUCGGAGACGUAAUGGGAAUACUGAACCAGAGAGCAAUUGAAGUAUCUGAGAAAGUGAGACCUGUUCCUGAAAUCAGGACUGGAGAUAUCGUUGAGAUCAAACUGGAAGUUCCUGAGAACAGACGUAGGUUGUCUAUCUACAAAGGCAUAGUUAUGUCGAGACAGAACGCUGGGAUACACACUACCAUUCGUAUUCGCAGGAUUAUUGCUGGUAUCGGUGUUGAAAUCGUGUUUCCCAUAUACUCUCCAAACAUCAAAGAGAUUAAAGUGGCGAGUCACAGAAAAGUGAGAAGAGCAAGGCUUUACUAUCUCAGGGACAAGCUUCCUCGUCUCUCCACUUUCAAGUGAACACCAUCCACUCUACUGUGUUUGACCAACUAAGUCAGUAAUCUUCCGUUGUUUUCUCAGCCACUGUAAGAAUUGUUCCUUUCUGUUUUUAUUUAUUUAUUAAGCUUGUAAGUCAUGACAUGCACAUUCUUCUGAGAAAGUAAUUCAAAGAUUAGUCGAGAUUCCACUUGGUGAAUGUAGACCUGAUCCUUGUUUGAUUAUGAAAUGAUAUAUAAC